CUUCACUGCGCCACCCCCUCUCCCCUUUUUUGUCUCGGUCUUUGUUUCUGUUCUUUCAUUCAAUCAAGCAGUCCAUCGUGGAACUCUCCAAUGGGGGACACAACUCCUCCCAACAUAACCCAUCAUGGAGGACUCAUCGGGCUCAUUUUCCUUUGGCAUCUCGCCCCUUAAAGAUUCCGAUUUCUGUGUUGAUAACAUUCUCACUACGACCACCUCUUCCACUAAUCCCAGCACGAAUAUCAACACCCCCAGCAGUGGCAGUGUCGGUUUUGGAGGAGAAGGCAGCAGAGGAGGCAGAUCAGGAGGGUCAGGAGGCAUCAAUGACAGUAGAAGUGGGAGCUCGGAAUGGUCUUGGGAAAUCGCAAGCAAUCCCCCGACAGUACCCACGGGCCUGCAACCUACUACUACGGCCUUCUACCCUCCAUCUAAUUAUAUUAUACAACCACAAUCACAACCAUCAUCAUCUGCUGCUGCUGCUGCUGCUGCUCGGCCCCCCACCUACAGGUUCUUCGAACGUCCUCAACAGCAAACUACCUCUCGAUCUCGACGAUCCCGUCCCGUAGCGCAAUACCAAUCUUCCUCCUCUUCCCGUGAUAUCACCGUCGCCGGCCCGUCGAGAGCACCGACUCAAGUAGCCGGCAAGGUAGCUAUCCCCCGCCACACCCACGUCGGCAAUCGCGUUACGCGGCAUCGGUCCCAGCGGGCCUGUGAACCUUGUCGCCAGCGGAAAGUCAAGUGUGCCGGGAACAAGCCCGUAUGUCGACAGUGCGCGGACCACAAUGUGACCUGCACGUAUGUGGAGGUGAAGCGGGUACGCGAUCAGAAGCGUCUGGGCUCGUUGUCCAACAAGGUGGAUCUGUACGAGCAGCUGUUGCGGGAAAUGCAUUUGGAAGCCGACGAGCCGACGGCCCGGCGGAUCCGGAGGGCUUUAAGGGCACGGGUCAUUGAUGGGGAAACGGUGGAGAUGGAUACUGGGUCCGACACCGAGUCCGAUGACUCGUCUGUGGGGUCGCUCGAUGAGUUGGAUAUGGUGGAUGAGGAUUUGAACCGUAAUGACCGGGCCGUCGCGACGGGUUUCUUCGGGAAGAAUUCCGAAGUGUCCUGGUUGCAGAAGCUGGAGGAUGAAGCGGAGCUGCGCAGUCAACAGGUUGAGGAACUUAAUGAGGCCGCGGCUGACAGCAAAAGCCGUGCUAAGGGUAAGCAGAAGGAGAUGCAGCAUCUCCUCAUGGUUCCGCAGGCGGCACGGAAACAGGAUACGCCCAUGGCGGCGACGAACUACUACCUCGAUGACCUUGCUAUCCCCGCGAUGUCUGAUGUCGACCCCUAUACAUUGCCGCCCAAGGACGUGGCGAACCGCCUCUUCAGGUGCUAUAUGGAGACUGUGCAUCCGUCCUUCAAUGUCGUCAGCAAGAUGUUCUUCGCGUCGCAGUACAAACACUUUGUCAUCCAGGGUAAUCGACAGAUCGAGCCGGGCGACCGCUGGCGAGCAAUUCUGAACAUGAUCUUUGCCAUUGGGAGCCGCUACUGUCAAUUGGCGUACGGGGAGACCGGGGCUGACUAUGAUGAUGUGGCGUACCUGAAUCGGGCACGCAAGCUGACACUGGGCGAGAAUAUCAUCUUCGAGCAUGCCAAUCUCCAGCAGAUCCAGGCGGAGUUCUUGGUGGCGUUCUACUUUUUGUCCAUGUGCCAGGUCAACCGAUCCUUCAAGUUCUCGAGCAUGGCCUUUCGGUCAGCCGUCUCGCUGGGGAUUAAUCUCCGCCUCGAAAAUCCUGAGACGUCCCGGGCUGCCAAAGAAGCCCGCACUCGUCUUUGGUGGUCGAUCUAUCUCUUCGAGCACCUGUUGACGGCCAUCACAGGCCGAGUCUCCUGCGUCGGGGAGAGUCUCAGUGCGACACCACUGCCCAUCCCGUUCGAGGAGGAGGCCUGGAAUAAUCCGGAAGUUCGUCCCAUACUGGAGGAUCCGAUUCUCCGGACGAGUCGUCUCAAACUCACUCUCCUUCAAUCGGAUAAAGAAGCAACGGUUUCCGCAUCCUGGCUCGCAAGCUGUGCGCCCAGCCCCUCCCUCUACUUCCACCUCCUCGUAGAUCUCUGCAGCAUCACGCAAGCCAUCAUCAACAAAGUAUACAGUAUCCAAGGCCUGCGCGACCGCGCCAGCCAGGUUGAACAACGCAUCCGCAAAUUGGAUGUCAUUCUGAAGAUCUGGCUCGGGAAAGUUCCUUCGCCCUACCAGUUCACACCUGGGGACCAGGAUGAUAGUUUCCAUGUUCCUCCAGCCUUCCGCAACCAAUACACGCGCGAGCGCACUUCUCUCGCGAUCAGCUAUUACAGCGCCCGCAUCACACUCUGUCGGCCCUGUCUCACCCGCUCCGGUCUCAAAUCGGGGUCGAUGUCCCUCAAGGAGCCUCCGAAUCCUCCGGCUCCAGCCUCAUCCACCGAUCCCAAUAACAACUCUGCGGGACGAGGUGAGUUUCGGAACGAGAUGGCCCGCAUCUGUGUGCGCUCUGCCUGCUCGUUGCUGUCUGUCCUGCCCGACACUCCCGAUCUCCCCUGGUUGACCUCGGUGACCCCGUGGUGGUGCAUCCUGCACUAUAUCAUGCAGGCCACGACGGCGAUCCUCCUCCACCUCUCCUGCUGGCCGCCGGUCCUACCGUCCACGGGCGGGCAGGCCUUCAUCGACACGACAGCCAGCUCUAGCUCCAGCUCCAACCACCAGCCGCCCACGGGCCUAACCGACAUGCGCACCAUGACCCACCAGAUGAAGAAGGGCCUCCGCUGGCUUCACCACCUAUCCUUCACCCAGACCGCCGCGCGCCGCGCAUUCCGACAAUGCCACGGCGUCGUGCGCCGAAUCGCCCCGAGCAUCGGCAUCGAUAUUAGCGAUAUCCCAGACGGGAGCGACCUCCCUGUCGAGGAGGAAUCCUCGGACCCCUUCGCCGAACAGGACGAGGAGGGCCCCAAGGCGGCCGGGAAGGCGGAGGCAGCGGCGGAGGAGGAAGAUGAGGAUGAUGAUUCGGACUCGAACAACAUGCGAGUCGAUACGCCCACGCACUUCGGUGCGGAUGGGGAUGAUUUUCCGAUGGAGAACCCGGCGAUGGAGUAGACGUGGGCCCAGUCUACCUGUGUAAAUAGAUGUGUCGGUUGUGUUGGUUUUAACGUCUGUAUGUAUUUUAGUUUCGGGAUUCUUAUUCUGUACCUUAUAUCAAUAGCGAUAUUGUCUUUUUUGAUGGUGCGGCGCUGUUCGGGGUUUAGAUUGAGUAGCGUCAGACUGCUUGGUUGAUAAAUGAUGCUGUCGUCCUGCUUUGCUUCAACCUGCUUUAAUAUGUACUCGUUGUGACUCUGUAUGAAAUGAGGGAUGGGUGGAUAUAGG